CGACCCCACCCUCCGCGUUACUCUGUUAGAGGCAAUCAUGUGCGCUAGAUUAACCAAGGCGGUGGAUUUGCCACCAAUUACUUUUGUUGUGGUGCAGAAAUGGCAUCAUACUCACCUGUUUCCUACUGAUAAUCGGAGGACUGAUAAGAGUGGCAAUAUUCAAGCAGGCACUAUCGUUGACACCCAGACUUGUCAUCCAACGAAGUUUGACUUCUAUCUCAACAAUCAUGCUAGCAUUCAGGGAACUAGUAGGCCUGCGCAUUACCAUAUCUUGUACGAUGAGAACAAAUUCACCACAGAUGGACUGCAGAUGCUAAUGAAAAACCUAUGCUACACGUAAACAGACAAUAAUUUCAAUUCUUACUCUAGCUUUUCCAUUUGUACGAUUCCAAUUUGAAGAUAACAUAUUGUUUGCUGACUUUCUAAUCGUAUGUUUUUCAGGUAUGCAAGGUGCACUCGCUUAGUUUCUAUUGGUAUGCACUUGAGUUGGAUUCAUACAUCUGUUUUCUAAAAUUAUACUUUUUCCUGGUCAUACCACUGAUGUUUGUGUUUUUUCAUGCAGUUCCUCCUACGUACUAUGCUCACUUGGCUGCCUUCCAUGCAAGAUACUACACUGAAGGCGAGUACUCAGAUGGAGGUUCUACUACUGGAUCUACGGCUAGGGUUCUGGUGAUGCAUAGAAGCCCUUGUAGCUCUGAAGGUUUUGUAAUCGGUUCAAUAUUUUCCGUUCGUUUCGUUUUUUCCGGAAAUUGAUUAUUGACAAGUACUUUCACGGGAUAAUAUUCACAAUUAGCGCUAUGAUUGACAAAAAUCUGACAAGAUUCUAAUAGUUGCGCGAGAA